AAUAACUUAAGACGAAUUGUUUAAUAAAAGUGAUCAAGAAGAUCAACGUAUCCAUCAUGAGCAUGAACAUUUAUUAAAUAAAGCUUAGUGCAUUGAAACGUUAUACAUAACCUCUUUGGUUGAAACUGGACAAAACCAUUCAGAAAUGCUAGAUAAAAGUGAUCCAGAAAUUUUGUAUAAUGAAAAUCAAUAAAGAUGAAAGUAUUGAAAAUCAAAAAUGCAAUUCAGAAAUAUUACAGACAAAAGAAAAUAAUUCGAUGGAGCUUCAAACAGCAAUCGAGCAUCAAUCUAGUUUGGUAAUCAAAAAUGUAGAGAUUGGAAUUGAUCAAAACUCACAUAUUGAAGUAUUGAAAAAAUAUGAUCAAGAUAUUGUUGAAACAUUAGAAAAAUUUGAUAAAGAUAAUGCUGACACAUUAGAAAAAUUUGACGAGGGUAAUGUUAAAACAUUAGAAAGAUUUUACGAGGAUAAUGCUGAAACAUUUGAAAAACCUGUAAAAAAUGAAGAAUUUGUUGAACCGUUUGCUGCUGAAAUAUUGCAAAAAUAUGAUCAAGAAGACAUUGUUGAAACAUUAGAAAAAUUUGAUGAAGAUAAUGCUGAAAAAUUAGAAAGAUUUGAUGAAGAUAAUGCUGAAAUAUUAGAAAAAUUUGACGAGGAUAAUGUUAAAAGUUUAGAAAAAUUUGAUGAUAAUAAUGCUGAAAAAUUAGAAAGAUUUGAUGAAGAUAAUGCUGAAAUAUUAGAAAAAUUUGACGAGGAUAAUGUUAAAAGUUUAGAAAAAUUUGAUGAUAAUAAUGCUGAAAAAUUAGAAAGAUUUGAUGAAGAUAAUGCUGAAAUAUUAGAAAAAUUUGACGAGGAUAAUGUUAAAAGUUUAGAAAAAUUUGAUGAUAAUAAUGCUGAAAAAUUAGAAAGAUUUGAUGAAGAUAAUGCUGAAAUAUUAGAAAAAUUUGACGAGGAUAAUGUUAAAAGUUUAGAAAAAUUUGAUGAUAAUAAUGCUGAAAAAUUAGAAAGAUUUGAUGAAGAUAAUGCUGAAAUAUUAGAAAAAUUUGAUCAAGAAGAUAUUGUUGAAACAUUAGACAAAUUUGAUGAAGAUAAUGUUGAAAAAUUAGAAAAAUUUGAUGAAGAUCAUGCUGAAACAUUAGAAAAACCUGUAAUCAAAGAGGUGCGGAUUAAGAUUGAACGAAAUUUACAAAUUGAAUUAAUGAUCAAAAAUAAAUAUUUAACUCAAAGAUUACAAGAAUCUGAUGAAGAUAAUGCUGAAAAAUUUGAAGAUUCAGAUGAAAAUGGAGAUAUUUUUGAACCGUUUGAAGCAUCUUCUGAAGAUGAAUAUGUUCCUGAGACAUCAGAAUCAGAAGAAUCUGACGAAGAUGAAUACGAUGAUGUAAAAUCAAACGAUAUUUAUUUUCAGUGUAAACGAAUUUAUUCUGGAGAUGAAAGUGAUUUAGAAGAAAAUAAACACAUUAAUGAGAAUAAUCCUUUGGAGAUAAAGAAUAAACGAAUUCGUAUUGAAGGAAAUGAAGAUGUUUCAGAAGAAAAUCAAGAAGAAUUAAAAUUAAUAGCAAAUGAUUCAAUAGAUCAACAAAUUUAUCUGAAUAGUUCUUUGAUAAUCAAAGAUGUACGCAUUAAAAUUGAACGAAAUUUACACACAGAAUUAAUGAUUAAAGAUGAAUAUGACACCGAAACAUUCGAAGAGUUUAAUGAAAUUAAAGCUGGAAUAUUAGAAGAAUCAGAUGCAUCUAAUAACGAUUUUACUCAUGAGCAUAGUUUGGUUCGUAAAACUCUUCGUACAGAAGAAAAACAUUUCGUUUGUGAUGUAUGUGAUAGAUUGUUUCUUUCAAAAUCUAGUUUAUUACGACAUCAACGAGGUCAUAUUGGAGGAAGCUCUUAUUCAUGUGAAACAGGAUUUGGUUAA